AUGCCUUGUCGCUAUGCAAUUUCACUUGUGUUCUAUUGCCCCACAGAUACUGCUGCGGAGCCAUCGUCCCACCCAACGCUCCCCACAAACACACCAGUGGAGGAGAAAAUGGAGAGGCUGACCACGGAGCUGCAGCUGAUGACCAGCCAAAGAAAUGAGCUGCGAGAACGCCUCAUCUUCAUCACAGGAGGCACCGUGGACAAUAGGCCCUACCACAAGCCAAACCCAUUCUAUGAGAAGCUGAAGUCAGAACAUGAUGAGGUCAUGUUGCAAAUGAAGAGAUUGGAGGAGGAGAACACCAUGGCCUCACAGAAGUUCAGUGAGCUGACCAAAGAGACGGUCUUCUAUCGGGGUGGCAGGAGGAGGAUGACACGGCCUGAGUAUGCAGAGUGUUUCUCCAGGGGUCUGCAGAGCCGGCUCCAGAUGCAGGAGACUCAGCUGGAGAAGAAGGUGGACAUGCUGAGGCAGGAGAAAAAGAAGCUGUUGGAGGACUGGGACCUGCUGAAGAUCCGCUUGAAGGACUGGAAAGUGAUCUGUAAGGACAAAGAAGACACCAGUGACCUCAAAUCCCAGCAACAACAGGAUCUCAAAAGAUUGGAGGAAAGACUUCAGUUCCUGCUGAAGCAGAAGGAGCUGUUCACCCCCGAAAAAGACGUGGCAGAAAAGCAGCAGCAUCACUUUGAGGACUCCCAGAUGAGGUCCAAAAGUCUUCAAACUGAUCUGGAACCGGCCCGAGCCCAGGAUGAGAGCCACCUGCAGAAGGAGCUGCUAGAGCAAGAGCCACCUGCUGAGCCCCAUCCCCAGCAACUACUGAAUUCUGGGAAUGCAUGUUCUUCUUCAAGUUUGGAUUCCCGUUUGGAAUAGACCCUCAUUAGGAUUAGCCAAUGGCCCAGCAUGGCUGCUUCUGGGUCUUGAUUCACGUUCAUCCUUGAUAACACUCCUUUAGAGAA